ACUUUCUGCGCAUCUCUUCCCUGUAAUCGACUGCCGCUUGGCCAGACCUGCUCUUAUGAGGCGCAUUAUUCCUUUUGGUCUCUCCCGGUCCCCCGUCAACGGAUUCCCUCUUCACCUUCUUCCGGCCUGCGUCCACACCUCCAGCCUCUUGCAACGAACAACCCGCAACUGCACACAUACUCUGUCCUCUAACAGAUCCCUCCUUUGAAACUGUUAUCCGACGUCCGAAGAGCGCGCUUCUACAUCUGGCACCACCCACGAUUCCAACAUAUUUGGAGCCAGCGGCGCAUUCUCGACCCCGUCGCAAACCACCAGUUUCCUCAGGAUCGCGCGCCUUUUGGCCAAUAACUAAAGAGCGCUCUGUGUCUUAUACCGCUGUUUCCCGCACUUAGCAACCACGCUGUGGACACUACGACCCCCAUACCACGACCAACAAACGGAGAGAUCAAACGCGCGACAAUGUUGAUGCCGUCGGCACUUCCGUGCGACUCGUCGCAGAGGCCCCCCUUGACGCGCCUCCAGGCCGCGCUCUUUAGCUCGCCGCCCGCCAGCCCUCCCCAGGUCUCAACACAAACAGCCGUCGGCAACAUCUUCUCAACAUGUCGCUCUCUGCAAUCCCUCCUCACCAACCCCGCAGCGCCAUCUCCCAUCGCCCAAGAGCCCAUCACACCACCGACCUCGUCGCACGCGCAACUGCCCACGCCCCCCUUAGCGCAUGCGCCAUCACCACUCAAGCUGCGCCUACGUUCGCGCAAGACGGAUAGCGCGGCGCCGGCGGGCGACCACGGGCCGGCGAGGAAGCGCAUCGUCAAGCGCACGGCGUCGGUCGCGCAGCAGGCGCCGCGGGGCCCCAACAAGCGCCGCCGCGCCGUCGACGACGAGCUCGGCCGGUACAACGAGGAUGACAGCGACGUGGAAUACGACGUACAACAACACCAACAACACCAAGAACAACAAGAACAACAAGAAGAGGACGACGCCCAGGCAGACUCGCCCCCGCACACCCCCAAACGCGCGCGCAUCGCACCCGAGGUGAUUCCCCUCGGCCUGGAGCGCGGCGACUACCACAGCCUGCACUCCUCCUUCUCCUCCACCUUCUCCUCCUCCAAUGACGACCCCAACUCAGCCGACACAACAACAACAACAACAACAACACCCGGGACGGACGUGGUAGUCGAAGCGGACGGAUCCGCCUGGAGCACGGAGGAGGACCGGAUGCUGGUGGAGCUGGUGCUGGAGAAGCUCAAGCUGACCAAGUCGGACUGGCAGGACUGCGCGCGCUCGCUGGGCAAGGACCGCGGCUGCCUCGGCCGCCGCUGGAAGAGCCUCAUGCUGAAUGGGGAUGUUGGGCUCAAGAGGGGCGGGCUGAGGAGGGGGCGGAUACAUGGGACGUGGCGGUGAUUCUUUUUUUUCCCUCGACCUCUUUUUAAGGGCUGGGGGUGUGUGUGUGUGUGUUAUUGUAUGUGUACUACUAAUAUUUACCUUCCUUGUCUUUGGGUUGUUUAACUACAGGAGAGGGGCUGGCGUUGUUUGGUUUUGGGUUGGGAUGGGCUGGGCUGGGAUGGGAUAUUGAGAGAUGAUGGACGAGGAGUUUGGAUUCGGGGAUAUCUGCCAUGGUACCAGUAUUACCCACGAACAGACGGGCACACAGACAGCUAGUUUUGCUAGUUACAUGACUUCACGAUGUAAAUUUUAGACGAUUUACCACCUA